GCGGGAGGCGGCCCUUGGGGCGUGGCCUGGAAGGGUUUAUCUCCCUCCUGCUUCCCGCUUCUCUCUGCUUCCUGGUGAGCAGCUCCCCUCUGCCCAGGCUCUUCCGCCCAGGCCCUUGCACCCCACCCAAUCUCCCUAGGAACCGCUGACCACGCAGGGACCAAGGCUUCUACAACUCAGCCACGGAACACGGUGAUCAGAGCCCUGAAGAACAGCGAACGGUGGAACGAACAGGCACCAUGUUCAGGCCACCACGGCCACUGAGAUCCCUCUUACUCCUGCAGCUGCCUCUGCUGGGGCUGACCUCGAUGGGCCUCAGCCCCAGUGGGGACGAAGAAGCCGCAGCUGGUUCCUUCUUGACCUCUGAGAUCCCUGGGCCUCUCAGCAUUUCCCCUCCGCCCCUCCCAGAGGUGCAGUGCUUUGUGUUCAAUGGCGAGUACAUGAAUUGCACUUGGAGGAAUAGCUCAGAGCCCCAGCCUGCCAACCUGACUCUGCAAUAUGGCUACAAGAACUCUGAGAGAGUCCAGGAGUGUGGUCACUACCUGUUCUCAGAAGAGGUCACUUCCGGCUGUUGGUUGCCCGGAAGUGAGAUCCAUCUCUAUGAAACAUUCGUGGUCAGGCUCCAGGACCAACGGGAACCCGGGAGGCAGAGGGAACAGAAGCUAAAAUUGCAGGACCUGGUGAUCCCUUGGGCUCCGCAGAAUCUCACCCUUCGCAGCCUGGGCCAAUCCCAGCUAGAACUGAGCUGGAACAACAGCUACCCCGUGGACCACUGCUUGCAGCAUCUGGUGCAGUAUCGGAGUGACAGGGACAGCAGCUGGACAGAACAAGUGGCUCACAAGCAGAGCUUCUCCCUUCCUAGUGUGGACAGGCACAAAGUGUACACGUUCCGGGUGCGGAGCCGCUUUAACCCCCUCUGCGGGAGUGCUCAGCGCUGGAGUGAGUGGAGCCACCCGGUCCACUGGGGCAGGUAUCGUUCCCGGCAGAGCCCGUGGCUGUUUAUAACAAGAGCCCUGCUUAUCCUUGCUGCCUCUGUGGGACUGAUUCUCAGCCUCUUCUUUGUGUAUUGCUGCCUGAAGGACAGUGCCUCGAUUCCCACCCUCCGGAACCUAGAGGAUCUGGUCGCUGAAUCCCGCGGGAACCUUUCGGCCUGGAGCGCUGUGUCUAAGGAACAGGGGAGCCCACAACCAUACUCCAGCGGACGUCUCUGCUGUGUCAGUGAGGUGCCCCCAGGGGAGGGGUCUGGGGGCUCCUCCUGCAGCCAGCACUACUGGGUUCCCCGUGUUACACCCCGAAGCUCAAACCCAAGCCCCAAUUUCCUGACAGAAGCCCAGCAUCCUUCAGCCCUAAGUGUUACUAACUCUCUUUCCUGCGCCCAUCCGACCUGGGCCGAUGCUCAUUCCAUCUCCUGGGGCUAAUUUUGGGUUCAGUGCCCCACGCAGUUGCCCCUUCGUUCAGUAUCCCCUGCUGUAGAACUGCCCCUGUGCCCUAUCCGUGUUUCUUAUCUCCCUGGUCUGGCCCUCCCUUCUUGUAGGAUUCUUUCUCCCUCUGUCCCUCUUCCCCCCUUUAUACCGCCUAUCCUUCAGUUGUUCCCGGAAUCCAUGAGUAAUAAAGUUUCUGUUGAUAAUCAUAAAGAAGAAUAGCAAGUCAUCAAGUUUCG